GGACAACAGCUGUGCUUGGAAUGUACUGGGUAAUGCCAACUACCUACAGAGUGCUGACAGCUACGGUGUGCUGGGAGGACUGAACACUGCUACAAGGACUGACAGACACUUAUCCUCGGGUAUAAGAGGCGGUAUGCUACAGCAGUUAUCACUCCUGGCGGCCGGUGCUCAGCCAUGGCACCACAACAUAUGUACGGCCCACUAUAGACGAUUUGCCUAUGCUGCUACCCUCGCCAUAUAUGUCUAUGAGGUAGAGAGUGGCAGUAAUCAGUGGCAGCUGUGCAGUAUUUUAGCCGACCACCGUAAGACCAUCACCUGUCUUGACUGGCACCCCUGUAGUGAUGAUCUGUUGGCCAGCGCAUCACUGGAUCAGAGAGUCUGUGUCUGGAGUGUCAGCAGACAGUGUGUUCUUCAUGCCAUCAGUAUCUGCCGAGUACCCAUAGUUGUGGCCUGGUGUACCGGACACAGGGACCUGCUCUCCUUCACAACACAGACUGGCCCCAUACAGCUGUGGGACUAUACGGACACCACUGAACCGUACCCCGUGAGAGAGGACUAUGGUUACACCCACGCUAUCAUCACCUACCGCUGGCACCCGACUGUACCGGGUCGACUGGCUAUUGGCCAUGAUGACGGCAAGAUUACUGUCUAUAGGGAAGAUGCUACAAUAUGGCACUGGGCUUCUACUAUACUAGACACUGUCAGCUCCACCAAUAACAAUAUGUGUUGCUAUUUUUGUUGUACAGACAUCGGCAAAUCAAGAUACUCAGCAUUACCCGAGGGCGGCGAGGACAACGACGACCACAACUUGGUGACCCUAGAGUGGGACGCCUGCUCACCAGAUUACAUCCUGGUGGCGUAUAAAGGCGGCGCCCUCUGGCUGGUCGACGUCAACACCAUGAGGAUCGUAACCAAGUACAUUAUGCCUUUGUCAGCCAGUGUCAGCACCUUGGCUUGGCUACCUGACGCUCCUGGCAUGUUUAUUACUGGAGACGCUGAGAAAGGAAUCCUACGAGUGUGGACAGUAAACAAACCGACGCCCAUCGAAAAUAACGUCUUGAAGGACACGGGAUUCCACGUCCUCUGCGUUACACAGGUUAAGGCGGCGAACAAGAACGCCCUAGACCUCCAGAACGACGCGAUCGGAGACAGGAGAGCGGGACUGAUGAUUCCUAAUGUAAACGUCGUCUCGCUGUUUAAAGAUGGUGGUGUCGGGCUGUAUCAUCUGAGGAGGAAGCAAUGGAUAUUUCAUAGAGAACAUGGCCACACCGAGACUAUAUUUGACUGCAGCUUUAAGCCUGAGGAUAGUGAUUUGCUGGCCACCUCUUCCUUUGACGGCUCUAUUAAGAUCUGGAGAAUUGACACCAUGGAAACUGUUGACACACUCCCCAACUGCCACACCAUCAUCUACUCACUGUCCUGGGCCCCAGCUGACCUCAACUGCAUAGUGGCCGGGACAUCAUCGGGCGGUGUGUUUAUUUGGGACGUUAAUAAACACAAGGUCCUGCAGGAUAUUUGUUGCCAUAAGGAUAAGAAGGUGUUUUGUGUUGCCUGGAAUCAUAAGGAUGCCAGGAGGAUUGCUUCUGCAGGUGAAUCAGGGUUCUGUUACAUCCACCAAGUCAGCGGAACACAAGUUCAAGAGUACCGUCAUCCCGGGCCAGUGUACGGCUGUGAUUGGAGGGACGCUGAUAUCUUGGCCACUGGCUGUGAGGACGGCAAGAUCAGGGUCUUUAAUGUUGCCAAGAACAGAAAAGAACCUGUGACUGAAUUGAAAGCUCACCUCAAGAAAGUAUUCCGAGUGAAAUGGAAUCCUGUUUACCACGAUAUCCUGUGCAGCGGUAGUGACGAUUCCUCCGUCAGGAUAUGGUCGUACUCAAAGGCCCAGUGUCUGACUAUCCUGGUUGGACACUCGGAUAACGUGAGGGGUCUAGCCUGGUGUCCUGAAGUCCCGUUCCUGCUUAUUUCCGGAUCGUGGGACAGGACCCUGAGAGUGUGGGAUGCUCGUAAUGCUUGUUGUCUAGAUGUUGUGUUGGAUCAUGGUGCUGAUGUUUACGGACUGACCAUCCACCCAGUACGACCAUUUCUGCUGGCAUCUUGUUCCAGAGACUCGACAACUAGACUGUGGUCGCUGGCGUCGUUCGUUGCUCCCUUACAGCUGAAGGUCUUGGCUGGCAGACCUCUUGCUGACAUUAUAGAGAACACUGGUAAUCAGCAGAGCUUCUCACCUGGGCUACACCUGUGUGGCCUGAGAGCCGCUCACCUCCAGAUGACACUCAACAAAACAGAUGCUUUACAUCACCCAGCCAAGACUAUCAAGUUGUUUGCUGAUUUGUUUUGUGGUGAUGUGAGAGUAAGGAACCUCUGGGAUCUGGUCUAUGUGCUUCAAGGUCACACGGACAUCUCUCAGCUCUCCACUAACUACACCCAGGCCAUUAUGCAUCAUUCACACCUCAUCAAGUGCUCCCUGGCAACAGCAGCAGAACAAGAACUCGAAGCUAACCGUGGCCAUGGGGUAGCUGGCCGUAAACACUCGACCACCGAGGGCCAGGAGGUGUUGGCCGAGGCGUACCUCAAGUGUGGGGCCAUCCAGCAGUACUGUGAGUUGAUGACCCGUCUCCACCAAUGGGAUCAUGCCUUGGCCCUCGCUCCUGCUGUCUCUGUUGACUAUUGGAGGAAACUAAUGGCCAGGCAUGCAGACCAGCUUUUGAGCGAUGAUAACGAAGCGUGUGUCCCUUAUCUCAUGGCAACACGCGAUGCUGAUAAGAUCAUCAGUUUUCACAUUGGUCGAGGUUACCUUGAUAAAGCAUUCUCACAGUGUGUUGCUUUGAGUAAGAUCUCGAGGAAGAGCAGUAAAGGUCCACCUCCUGAAGUGCCGCCUCGAGUGCCGGCUGCAGAGGUCAAUGGCACUGCCCAUAUACAGGAUAGAAUGCUUGAGUGUGCCAGACUUGUAGCAGAAUGGCACUUAAUGAGAGGGUCACCUAUAGUUGCUGCCUGUGCCUUAUUGGCUGUUGAUGACAUUAAGGGAGCUCUGUCAAUGUUACUCCGAGGACAUGAACUGGAGAUAGCGGUGGCAGUAGGCAGGUUACUGGGGUCACACUCUGACGCCUCCUCCUACCUGUGUGAGACUGACUCAGCCCAGAUCAGAGGUGUGGUGGAGACAGCCUUAAGGUACCUCACCUACAGGGCUGUGAGACUGUCUCUCUGGGAACUGGCUAUUGACCUGACCAAAACUUUACCUGAGGGAACAGAUCGACUUAUACUACAAACUGAAGUAUUAUUGUCGUUCACCGGCCGAGCUGACGAGAGAGAGAGCCUAUACGCCUAUGCUGGCUUCCCUUCCUCGGCCGAGUGCUCCCAGAAGGCUGUCGGCCCCGUCCUAGACCAAGUGCUUUACCUUCUCUUGUCCGCUCAGCCCCACAAGGGUCUGACUAUGGGGCUAGAGUUCCUACAAGAACAAAUCAUCGGUGAGAAUCUGGACCAAUCAAGCGUCUGGUACGUGCUGCGUCUGGUUCAGGCCGUCCCGUUGACACAAACCGAUGGCAAAUGGGUGAUCCGCGGCGACCAACGAGGCGGCUUGUUAGCACUGUCAGCUUACCUCGGAGCAGUGAGGGCGGCUGUGCUUAACUACACCUCUGUCGUACCGCACCUCUUGAGUCAUGCAAGUUACAUCUUGGAGAAACACAGACCAACAGGUUACGACUUCUUGGGUGAUCAACACAUACCAAAGGCUAAGGCCAGGUGGGAGGAAGGUGUUCAUGACUGGGGUGUGAGCCAGGAGCCACCAGUGCUGUGGGCCGAUGUUGGUGUAACCUGUGUCAUUGGCUCUCAUUUGCCUCGACAUUCUGACUCACAGAUAUGUUGCAUCACUAACCACAUGAUUAAGGGGCCGAGUUACUUCCUGGAGAACGGUGAAUCAGUCAUGGGUCAGAACGACGCCCUUAUGUGGUCCAAGGUUCACCCGUACUCGCCUCUGGGCAGUGGUUACCGUCUCAACCCAUUCUGAAGACUGUUUUGGCUAUUUUAUCCCAGCAACUAAAUAAUUUUGGCUAUAUUAUCCCACAAACUAAAUUAUUUUGGCUAUAUUAUCCCACAAACUAAAUUAUUUUGGCUAUAUUAUCCCACAAACUAAAUUAUUUUGGCUAUAUUAUCCCACAAACUAAAUUAUUUUGGUUAUAUUAUCCCACAAACUAAAUUAUUUGGCUAUAUUAUCCCACUAACACAUUACUUAGAUUAUUUCCCUUUAGAGAUUUGGUCUAAAAUGUAACUAACUCACCAGACAGUUGUGGUGAUGGACGAACCUCUCCUGUACGCAACACAACACUCAAUGUUAAAUAACUUUUAUAAUAUUGUAAUUUGAUAAUAUUUUGGGGGAUUAAUUUAAAUAAUGUUUAUAAUAUUGUAAUUUGAUAAUAUCUUCUGGGGAUUAAUUUUAAUGUUAUUUUUUUUUAGGAAUGAUAAUUUUAGAUUCUGUAAUAUUGUGGUGUAGUUGGGGCCAAAGGUUGUAAUUUGGGGAUGUUAUUAUUUACUCGUGUGUUCUUGAUGUUGUAGUUUGGUUGUAGUUAGGUUGUGAGUUAGUAUAAUUGUUAUAAUGAUUGGUUUGGCCUAUGGUUAUAUACAGGGUGUUUCAUAAGUCACACACACAUGUACAGGGUGUUUCAUAAGUCACACACGCACAUGUACAGGGUGUU